UCUUGAGUGACUUGACGCUAGCUUAAACAAACUACUACCAUAACAAACAGCGUAGAAAACAAAGUCAAACAAGUUAAAAGUGAACAUUUGAGGGUUUAAUCUUUAAAUUUCUGCAGCUGCACGUUCCGCUGUCACCCAAUAGUACAGCGGGGUAGGUUAACAGGAAGGGGCGGCUGGAAGGAGGAGUCGUUCCUGCGGUAAAAGUAUUCAUAUUCCCCGCCGCAUUUCGUCGCCUUCCCCCACAUUCUCCAAAUCUACGCCGACGGACUCAUCUCCCCGGUACGGUGAACUUCUCUUAAACCAAAAAAUGUACCGGUAUUUCGGGGAGCUACUCACCCGGGGAGCGGGCAGCGUCCUGGCCUCCGGUGCCACCGCGUCUGCUGCUGAGUCGGCUCUGCCAGCGUCCGCCUCCCUUCUGCGCUACCGCGGCUACAGCCAGGCCGUGGACCAGGACGAUGAUCCGAACUUUUUCAACAUGGUGGAGGGAUUCUUCGACCGAGGCGCCGCAAUCGUGGAGGACAAGCUGGUGGAGGGUUUGAAAACCCGUGAGACCCCCGAGCAGAAGAAGAAGCGUGUCCGUGGGAUACUGAAAAUCAUCAAGCCGUGCAACCACGUCCUGAGCGUCAACUUCCCGAUCAAGAGAGACAGCGGAGAGUGGGAGAUGAUAGAGGCGUACCGGGCGCAGCACAGCCAGCACAGGACACCCUGCAAGGGAGGAAUCCGUUACAGUACAGAUGUGUGCAUGGACGAGGUGAAAGCUCUGGCAUCACUGAUGACGUACAAAUGUGCUGUUGUCGAUGUGCCCUUUGGUGGAGCCAAAGCUGGAGUGAAGAUUAACCCAAGGCAGUACUCUGACAUUGAACUGGAAAAAAUCACCAGGAGGUUCACCAUCGAGCUUGCCAAGAAAGGCUUCAUCGGACCCGGUAUUGAUGUUCCUGCUCCAGACAUGAGCACUGGGGAGAGGGAGAUGUCGUGGAUCGCAGACACCUUUGCCACCACCAUGGGACACUAUGACAUCAAUGCUCACGCCUGCGUCACCGGGAAGCCCAUCAGUCAGGGAGGAAUCCACGGCCGCAUCUCCGCCACCGGUCGAGGAGUUUUCCACGGCAUCGAGAACUUCAUCAACGAGGCGGCAUACAUGAGCCAGCUGGGAAUGUGCCCCGGCUUCCAGGACAAGACCUUCGUCAUCCAGGGUUUUGGUAAUGUGGGUCUCCACUCCAUGCGUUACCUUCAUCGUUUUGGGGCAAAGUGCGUCGGAAUCGGAGAAAUGGACGGAAGCAUUUGGAACCCCAAAGGCAUCGACCCCAAAGAGCUGGAGGAAUACAAACUGAACCACGGGACCAUUGUGGGCUUCCCCAAUGCAACGCCAUACGAGGGAAACAUCCUGGAAGCAGACUGUGACAUCCUGAUCCCCGCCGCCAGCGAGAAACAGUUGACCAAGAGCAACGCACACAAGAUCAAGGCCAAGAUCAUUGCAGAGGGAGCUAACGGUCCAACCACCCCUGAAGCUGACCGCAUCUUCCUGGAGAGAAACAUCAUGGUGAUCCCGGACAUGUAUCUGAACGCCGGUGGUGUGACGGUUUCAUACUUUGAGUGGUUGAAGAAUCUGAAUCAUGUCAGUUAUGGUCGACUCACCUUCAAAUACGAGAGAGACUCAAACUACCACCUGCUCAUGUCAGUUCAGGAGAGUUUGGAGAGAAAGUUUGGGAAACAUGGCGGCGCCAUCCCCGUCGUCCCCACCUCUGAGUUCCAGGCCAGGAUCUCUGGAGCUUCUGAGAAAGACAUAGUUCACUCAGGUCUGGCCUUCACCAUGGAGCGCUCUGCCAGGCAAAUCAUGAGAACAGCCAACAAGUAUAACCUUGGGCUAGACCUGCGGACAGCAGCGUACGUCAACGCCAUUGAGAAGGUGUUCCAGGUUUACUACGAGGCCGGCCUUACCUUCACAUAGAGUCUGCCCAUGCCUGUUACCUUUCUGUUACUUAUCAGUCAGUCAGCCUAUUACCUGUCUGUUACCUGUCUGUUUGUUACCAAUCUGUCUGUUACCUGUCGGUCUGUUACCUAUCUGUUUGUUACCUGUCUGUCUGUCAUCAAUCACCCCUGCAGGAUUUCGUUCACUCUUCACACAGCGUUUACGGUUUAUUGCACAGCAGCAGUGUGAAGAAAACGUUUGAGACUGCCUUUGUGUGUUUUGUUGUGUUCAUUCCUUCUCAUCAACACGUCUGUUUACGUUCUUCCUUCCUCCUCCUCCUCCUUCGGUAUAUGAGAAAUUAAACAAAUAGACGAAAACAUCUUAGCUUUAAUGCGGCUGAUGCUCCUCUGAAUCGCCGCUCUGCUGCUUCAUACCAAAUAUUUAGAAGUUAUAGAAACGCUUAUUAAGCCUUAACAGCACAGAUGAAGUCUUGUCACCACUUGCCUGUUAGCACAACGUGUGGCCAAAACUAUGUGGACAUUUUCCUCACUGCCUGUGUGUGGGUGUGGAGUGAAAAUGAUAAGUCCAUUAACUAAUCAGCUGAUUGUUCAAAAUGUUUUUGACCAAUCUUCCCUUUUAAGUCUGUUACUGAGCUUGUGGCCUGAUUUUUAACAAAUCAGUUGAGGCCAUGCAUCUUUCUCCUGAGGGACGUGAAAGGAAAAAAAACAACCUGUGAUGAGAGGCUGGACGUACACGUUGGUUUGUUAGAAGAGGUCAGAUAUGGCUGGGUCGGUCAAUUAACCAAGUUUAAGUUCAUGAGACUUCACUUUGGACAUGUAAAAGUUAUAAUUGCCUUUUAUUUGGGUUUUUGAUUUGAGUCAAUAUUGAUGAAUCUGCUUUGUAUUAUUUAGACUGUUUAUAAUAAUAAUAAUUUCUACAUGAAAAACUGUCCCAAACCAAAACAAGAUGAAAGUGUUUUUAAAUAUAUAUAUAUAUAUAUAUAUUAGAGAGAGACAGAAAACAUGACAUAAAUUACAAAUGGACAGAUUCUCUUUUUGUUAAUUACUUCAUCUUUUUUUUUGUUAUCAACUCAUUGUUUUACAUUUUGUUUUAUGACUGACAACUAAUUUAACAGUCUUGAUCAUUUGAAAUAAGGAACCGUUUUAAAAGACCUCAAUCAUGUCACAUUAUAUUCUUAUCGUCAUGUAUUGUUCUUAAAAUGAACAUUGUUUGUUAUCGAGGCUGUUAUCAAGUGUCUGCAUACUUUUGGCCACAGAGUGUUCACACAUGUUCUUGUAUAAUGUAUUCUCGUUUGAUAUCAUGCAGUGCACAUGUGCCUCAGGACUUAAGCUUUAAUAUUCACUGCCUUUAAACUCAGAGAUACGUUAUUAAAGAAAAACAUUUUGCAGAGAGAUGUGAUAUUUGAGCUCUCUGAUCUCUCUUCGAAACAGUCACAUCUUUGAAUGAAAAUGAAUGAAUAUCUGACAUGCAAUAAUUAUUUUAAGUUUUUGCUUUAUCAAUAUUUAGUUGAAAAAGCCCCAAAAAAGAAAUAACCCUGACAGAUCAAUGUUUUACUUUUUCAGGUCAAGACACAGCUGCAGCUCAUGCUUAUGCUAAUACUUAUCUAUGCAAUAGACCAAAGUUAUUCCAAAGGUUGCUACCUUAUUGUUUAAAAGCAAAACCGACUCCUCAUUCAAUGUUACACAUCAAACAAAAGUCACAAUGAAAGUGUACGUUUUCUGUAGGAACGCUAGCAGGACAUUUUUACGGAAUGUGUUUUCUGUGUUAAAGACAUACAAAUCAAAGCUUCUGAAGACACGAUUCAUUCGAGUCUGAGCUGAUGUCUUAAUGUUUUAUCCAGCGUCAUCUGAAACUUUAUUGACUUAUUAUAAGCUCCAGUUUCAACUCUUAUGGGUCGGGGGAGGAGGUCAGUGAGUACAUGCUUUAUGUGGGGAUUUAAAAAAAAGAGUAAAAAAAUAAACUUUACUUUCUGUCGGCUAUCAGGUUGGAUUUGAAAUGCUUUGGGAUUCAGUGUUUUUACACAUUUGUGUUCAAAUGAGACAAUAAAGUAAAGUACAGAAUAAU